AUAUCUCUUCAGGCCUUACAAUUCACAAACUUAAUUAAAUCGGAUGGAUUUUAUUCUCAAUUACCUAAAUGUCACUGCCAUUGGAUUUGUUUCUCUAAUCCUCUUCUGUUUGUUUCUGUAUAAUCCCCUCAAACUUGCCCAACGUAAAAAAGAGGCUCCUACAGUUUCAGGUGCAUGGCCAAUACUUGGUCACCUCUUACUAUUGAGUAGUUCAAAGGCACCCCAUAGAGUUUUGGGUGCUUUGGCUGACAAGUAUGGACCCAUAUUCACCAUCAAGCUUGGUGCCAAAAAGGCUUUGGUUAUCAGCAACUGGGAAAUAGCUAAGGAAUGCUUCACCACAAACGACAUCGUCGUUUCGUCUCGCCCCAGGCUUGUUGCUGCUGAAAAUAUGGGCUACAACCAUGCCAUCUUAGGGUUUUCACCCUAUGGUCCUUAUUGGCGCGAGCUAAGAAAGAUUACAACGUUAGAGAUCCUUACAUCUCGCAGAGUGGAGCAACUACAGCAUGUUCGUGUCUCCGAAGUUCAAAGUUCGAUCAAAGAACUCUUUGAUGUUUGGCGUAGCAAAAAGAAUGAGUCGGGCUACGCGUUGGUGGAUCUGAAGCAAUGGUUUUCUCGCUUGACAUUCAACAUGGUUCUUCGAAUGGUCGUUGGGAAGCGAUAUUUUGGUGCUACAACUGUUGAUGAUGAUGAUGUUGAGAAGGCACAAAGAUGUGUAAAUGCUAUCAAGGAUUUCAUGCGUUUGUUUGGGGUAUUCCCUGUGGCAGAUGCUAUUCCUUAUUUGAGAUGCUUUGAUUUUGGUGGCCAUGAGAAGGCCAUGAAAGAAACUGCCAAGGAUUUGGAUAGUAUCAUAAGUGAGUGGUUAGAGGAGCACAGACAAAACAGGGCUUUGGAUGAAAACGUUGAUCGAGUUCAAGACUUCAUGGACGUGAUGAUUUCCUUGCUUGAUGGAAAAACAAUUGAUGGGAUCGAUGCCGACACCAUGAUCAAAUCCACAGUACUGACAGUAAUUGUAGGAGGAGCUGACACAACCAGUACCUCUCUUACAUGGGCAAUGUGUUUGAUUUUAAAAAACCCAUAUGUGUUGGAAAAAGUUAAAGCAGAAUUUGACAUCCAAGUUGGGAAAGAGAAUUGCAUAAGCGAGUCUGAUAUAAGUAAGUUAACAUACCUUCAAGCCAUGGUCAAAGAAACUUUAAGAUUGUACCCUCCAGGUCCUCUCUCGGGACCUCGUGAAUUCACUGAGAAUUGCACUUUAAGUGGCUACAAUAUCGAAAAGGGAACUCGCCUAAUUACAAAUCUUUGGAAGAUUCACACAGAUCUUAAUGUUUGGUCAGAUCCAUUAGAGUUCAAACCAGAAAGGUUUCUUACCACUCACAAAGACAUUGACAUUAGGGGUCAUCAUUUUGAGCUACUACCAUUUGGAAGUGGUAGAAGAAUUUGUCCUGGAAUAUCCUUUGGCCUUCGAAUGCUUCAUUUCCCUCUUGCUAGUUUUUUGCAUUCCUUUGAAAUAUUAAAUCCGUCUACUGAACCUCUUGAUAUGACUGAAAGCUUUGGAUUAGUCAACGCUAAAGCCACUCCACUUGAGAUUUUUAUUAAACCACGUUUAUCUCCAAGUUGUUAUGAAAGCAAGUGAUCCUUUGGUAGCUAUGUGAUCUUGGUGGAUUGUCGAAUAUUAAAGUAUAUGUGAUCCAUUUUGGUUAAAUUAGAUUUGUCUCAAACUAUUUUGAAGCUAUGUAUAUGUAUUGUCUCUUUCAACUUAACUAUCAUAUGGAAUAAAUUAUUGAAAUAGUUAACUACUA